UUGGAUUCUCCUGAUGCUGCUACCAAGAUACCUCCAUAUCAGCUAAGGGAGAAGUGUCUCCUUCCUCUCCAACUGGCUCUGGAAUCGAAGAGUGUGAAGCUGGCCCAGCAGGCUCUAGCAGGGAUGCAGAAGCUGCUGUCUGAUGAGAGGUUUGUAUCCGUGGAAACAGACUCCGAUGAGAAGCAGUUGCUAAAUCAGAUGCUGAAUGCUGUCAAAGUGACUCCUUCGCUCAACGAAGACCUGCAGGUUGAAGUGAUGAAGGUCUUGCUCUGUAUAACAUAUACCUCCACGUUUGAGCUGAAUGGGAGUUCAGUGCUGAAGAUUGCUGAAUUGUGUUUUGCAUGCCAUAGAGCUGGAAGUCCCCGAAUGCAUGAAAUGAUCAAAAUGUCCAUUGCACACCUCUUUGGGUUCCUGUGCUCUCGUAUUUUUAGUGAUGCUUCUUCAUCAAUGGCUUUUCAAAAGGUUUGCAUAGAGACAUAUGUAUCUAGCUGUCACCAGCGGAGCAUUAACACCGCUGUGCGGGCAACCCUCAGCCAAAUGUUGAGUGACUUGACUUUACAGUUACGGCAAAAGCAGGAAAAUAUGACAAUUGAAAACCAUGAGGCCAUGCAGAAAUUCAAGAGUCAAGGUACUUCAGCUGAGUCUCUUAGUGAUGAUGUUGUAUCUGUCCUCACUGUGCUCUGUGAGAAGCUCCAGGCUGUCAUAAACGACAAUCGGCAACUUCAGCUUCUUUACUUGGAGUGCAUCCUCUCCAUGUUAAACAGCUCCUCUCCCAGCAUGCACCAACACAAAGGAUUCACUGAUCUCAUAUGGAAGCAGCUGUGUCCAGCCCUAGUAGUAAUCCUGGGAAAUCCAAUCCAUGACAAAACUAUCACCUCUGCGCACAGCAGCAUCUGUCUUGAGGCUGAUUCACCUUCCUCAGGGGUGUCUGAUCACGGCCGGGGUUCUGGGUGUUCGUCCACAGCCCCUGCCCUUAGUGGACCCGUUGCACGGACCAUAUAUUACAUUGCAGCAGAACUGGUUCGACUGGUGGGGUCAGUGGAAUCCAUGAAGCCUGUGCUGCAGUCUCUCUAUCACCGGAUACUGCUUUACCCGCCACCUCAGCACCGAGUAGAAGCCAUCAAGAUUAUGAAAGAGAUACUUGGAAGUCCUCGGAGGCUUUGUGAUUUGGCAGGGCCCUGCUCCUCUGAGCCAGAAUCCAGGAAGAGGUCAAUUUCUAAAAGGAAAUCUCAUCUGGAUCUUCUCAAACUUAUCAUGGAUGGGAUGACAGAAGCUUGCAUCAAAGGUGGUAUUGAAGCAUGUUAUGCUUCAGUGUCCUGCGUCUUUGCCUUGCUUGGAGCAUUAGAUGAGCUAAGCCAAGGGAGGGGUCUUAGUGAGGAGCAGAUUCACCUGCUGCUCCGGCGCCUGGAAGAAUUGAAGGAUGGGACUGAGACAAGCAGGGACUCUAUGGAGAUCAACGAUGCUGACUUCAGGUGGCAGAGGCGCAUCCUGUCCUCAGAACAUCCUGCCUGGGAAUCAGGAAAUGAGAAGAGUCCUGAUAUUAGCAUUAGUGUUACCACAGACACCGGUCAAACCACUUUAGAGGGGGAUAUGGGGCAAACAACUCCAGAGGAUAAUCUGGAAAGUCAGAAAAACUCACUGCCAUCUCCAGCUGGACAUGAAAGCAAAGAGAUUCAUUACAGAGAAGCAGAGUCCGAAACCAUUGACCAACCAGAUGUUGUUCAAAGAAGCCACACCAUAGUCUUUCCGGACAUAACUAACUUCUUAUCAGUUGACUGCAAGACCCGGUCCUAUGGAUCCAGAUACAGUGAAAGUAACUUCAGUGUAGACGACCAGGACCUUUCUAGGACUGAGUUUGAUUCAUGUGACCAAUAUUCCAUGGCAGCAGAGAAAGACUCUGGCAGAUCAGAUGUCUCAGACAUAGGCUCUGACAAUUGCUCCCUGGCUGAUGAGGAGCAGACACCGCGGGACUGUCCAGGUCACAGGUCCUUACGUACUGCUGCGCUUUCUCUGAAAUUGCUGAAAAACCAGGAAGCAGAUCAGCACAGUGCACGGCUGUUUAUCCAGUCACUUGAAGCUCUUCUUCCUCGGCUUAUAGCUCUCCCCAGCAUAGAGGAGGUGGAUGAAGCACUGCAGAGCUUCUCUUCAACCUUCUGCUCAGGUAUGAUGCACUCACCAGGAUUUGAGGGAAACCCAAAUUUCAGCUUCCAGACUCUGAUGAAUGCAGAUAGUCUCUACAUGGUCUCACAUUACACUCUGCUGCUCAACCUAAAAUUGUCUAACUCGGAUUACUACAGAAAGAAGCCUGCCCAAGCCCCUGUGUUGCUGAAGGAGUUCAUGAAGCAGGUCCAGUCCAGUGGAGUGUUGAUGGUAUUUUCCCAGACCUGGGUUGAAGAGCUGUACCACCAAGUACUGGAACGAAACAUGCUGGGGGAAGCUGGGUACUGGGGAAGCCCUGAAGAACACAGCCUUCCACUUAUAACCAUGCUAACUGACAUUGAUGGCUUGGGAAGCAGUGCAAUUGGUGGCCAAUUGAUGGCAUCUGCUUCAGCACAAUCCCCUCUUUCCCAAAACCGGAAGACAGAUGAUUCUGUUGUUGCAGGAGUUGCUUUUGCCCGAUACCUUUUAAUUGGCUGUUGGAAAAACAUGAUUGACACCUUGUCCACACCACUGACUGGCCGCAUGGCAGGCAGCUCCAAGGGGCUGGCAUUCAUCCUGGGAGCAGAAGGAGCCAAGGAGCAGAACCAGAAGGAGAAGGACUCCAUCUGCAUGAGCCUGGAUGGUCUGAGGAAGGCAGCCCGACUGAGCUGCGCUCUAGGGGUUGCUGCCAACUGUGCAUCUGCUCUUGCUCAAAUGGCUGCUGCCUCCUGUGUCCAAGAAGAGAAAGAGGAAAAAGAAAUCCAAGAGCCCAUUGAUGCUAUAGCUCAAGUGAAACAGAAAGUUGAGCAGAAACUGGAGCAGAUGGGGAAAGUGCAGGGAGUCUGCCUACAUACUGCUCAUGUUUUGUGUAUGGAUGCAGUCCUCAACGUGGGCCUCGAGAUGGGGAGCCACAAUCAGGACUGUUGGCCUCACGUGUUCAGGGUGUGUGAGUACAUCAGCACGCUGGAGCAUACCCACUUCAGUGAUGGCACUUCUCAGCCCCCUCUGACCAUCACCCAGUCACAGCAGACCCCCGGCAGCCUGCACCUGGACUCUGAGCCAGGGGAAUCUCCCCAGGAACUGACCCCUGAACAGGAGACUACUCUCAGCAGCAAUCCUGUCAUUCAGCCAGUUUCCAUCCAGGAACUCAUCAAGGAGGGCAGCAAGGGCAGAGCUUUUGACUUCCGUGGAGGCAGCCUGCUGUGUGGGACCAGUGCUGUCAAGGCUGUUCUCACACUCUCCACGCAAGCAGACAGGCUCUUUGAAGAUGCCACUGACAAGUUAAACUUGAUGGCACUGGCAGGCUUCCUUUACCAGCUGAAGAAGGCUUCUCAAUCCCAGCUUUUCCAUUCAGUCACAGAUACAGUUGAUUACUCCCUAGCAAUGCCAGGUGAAGUAAAAUCUACGCAGGACAGGAGUAGUGCACUUCAUUUGUUCCGACUUGGUGAUGCCAUGCUCAGAAUUGUCCGGAGUAAAUCGCGCCCACUGCUCCACCUCAUGCGCUGCUGGAGCCUCGUGGCACCUCACCUCGUAGAGGCUGCCUGUCAUAAGGAGAGGCACGUGUCUCGGAAGGCUGUUUCCUUCAUCCAUGACAUCCUCACUGAAGUGCUGACAGACUGGAACGAACCUUCUCAUUUUCACUUUAAUGAGGCACUGUUCCGCCCCUUUGAGCGUAUCAUGCAGCUAGAGCUGUGUGAUGAGGAUGUCCAAGACCAGGUGGUCACCUCUAUAGGAGAGUUGGUAGAAAUGUGUUCUACUCAGAUCCAGUCCGGAUGGAGACCCCUGUUCAGUGCCCUAGAAACAGUGCACAGCAGCAGCAAGUCAGAGGUUAAAGAGUACCUUGUGGGAGAAUACUCCAUGGGGAAACGCCAGGCUCCAGUGUUUGAUGUCUUUGAAGCAUUUCUAAAUACAGACAGCAUCCAGGUCUUUGCCAAUGCUGCCACCAGUUACAUUAUGUGCCUUAUGAAGUUUGUCAAAGGACUGGGGGAAGUAGAUUGUAAGGAGAUGGGUGACUGUGUGCCAGGAUCAGGAUCCACAUCUACAGACUUGUGCCUUCCCGCGCUUGAUUACCUCAGGAGAUGUUCUCAGUUGCUAGCCAAAAUCUAUAAAAUGCCCUUGAAACCCAUCUUCCUCAGUGGCCGGCUGGCUAACUUGCCCCGAAGAGUACAGGAACAAUCAGCCAGCAGUGAGGAUGGUAUUGAGUGCAUCCUUUCUGAAUUUGAUGACGACACUGGCCUUAUCAAUGUCUGGAUUAUUCUGCUGGAAGAAUUAACAACUGCCAUAUCCAACUGUCCCCGCCAGCACCAGCCUCCCACUCUGGAUCUGCUCUUUGAAUUGCUGAGGGACGUUGCCAAGACACCUGGCCCAGGAUUUGGCAUUUAUGCAGUUGUACAUCUUCUUCUUCCUACGAUGUCCCUUUGGCUCCAUCGCAGUCAUGGUGACCAUUCUUACUGGGAUGUGGCAUCUGCUAAUUUCAAGCAUGCCAUUGGCCUUUCCUGUGAACUAGUAGUGGAGCACAUUCAAAGUUUCAUACACUCAGAUAUUGGUUAUGAAAAUAUGAUCAAUACUAUGCUAAAGGAUCUUUUCAAGUUGCUGGUGGCCUGUGUAGCAGAACCCACAGAAAUAAUUUCCAGAGUUGGCUGCUCUUGUAUCAGGUAUGUGUUAGUGACAGCAGGACCUGUUUUUACCGAAGAGAUGUGGAGGCUUGCAUGUUGUGCCUUGCAGGAUGCGUUCUCUGCCACUCUAGAGCCAGUAAAGAACCUGUUGGGCUAUUUCCACAGUGGUUCUGAAAGCUUUAGUGGAGAUGCCUGUGAAGUGAAGGUGGCAGCCCCCUCCCUCUCGCCAAGUGCUGAAGCUGAAUACUGGAGAAUCAGAGCCAUGGCACAGCAGGUCUUCAUGUUGGAAACCCAGUGCUCCCCAAAGACUCCUAACAACAAGGAAGGGUUUGAACAUGCCCAGUCUUGUGUGCUUAUCAUUGACCUGCCACCAGAUAAGAAACCAAACGGACAUACCCAGAGAAGGAAGCUGGGUAUUCCUUUCAGGACAAUAGUAGUAAGCUUGCUGUCCCACCAAGUAUUGCUCCAGAAUUUAUAUGACAUCUUACUGGAAGAAUUUGUGAAAGGCCCCUCUCACUUGGAGGAGAAAAUGACAAUACAAGUACCAGAAAACAAGUUGGCUGGUUUUCUCAGGUAUAUCUCCAUGCAAAACUUGGCUGUCAUCUUUGACUUACUGCUGGACUCAUAUCGAACAGCCAGAGAGUUUGACACCAGACCUGGGUUGAAGUGUUUGCUGAAAAAAGUGUCUGGCAUUAGUGGAGCUGCCAACUUGUAUCGUCAGUCAGCAAUGAGCUUCAACAUCUAUUUCCAUGCUUUGAUUUGUGCAAUCUUGACGAACCAGGAGAAUAUCACUGCAGAACAAGUGAAGAAGAUCCUGUUUGAAGAUGAUGAGAGAAGCACAGACUCCUCACAGCAGUGUUCGUCAGAAGAUGAAGAUAUUUUUGAAGAAACUGCCCAAGUCAGUCCCCCCCGAGGGAAGGAGAAGAGACAGUGGAGGGCUCGAAUACCGUCUCUGAGUGUACAACCUGUCAGCAAUGCAGACUGGGGUUGGCUAGUUAAGCGGCUUCAUAAGCUCUGCAUGGAACUGUGCAACAACUACAUCCAGAUGCAUCUGGAUCUAGAGAAUAAUGUAGAAGAGCCUCCAGUGUUCAAAGGCGACCCUUUCUUCGUUUUACCAUCCUUUCACUCAGAAACCUCCUCCCCAUCAACAGGAGGGCAGUCUGGGAAGGACACACCCUCUGAAGAUGACAGGAGUCAAAUGAGGGACCAGGUGGGAGACAUCCUGACACCCAGAGGAGGGAGUGGAGAAAUGCUGCUGCUACCCCCACCCUCAAGUCCUAAACCAGAGAAAAAAGAGCAAACCAGGAAAAAAGAAUGGUGGGAGAGCGCUGGCAACAAGAUCUACACCAUAGCCACUGACAAAACCAUCUCCAAGCUCAUGACAGAAUACAAGAAAAGAAAGCAGCAACAGGCCAUGACGUCCUUCAGCAAAGAGGUCAAAGUGGAGAAGAAAGGGGAGGUCCUAGGCUCAAGAGGGCACGAUUCACCCAUACUCCAGCGGCCACAACAUCUUAUAGACCAGGGUCAAAUGAGGCAUUCCUUCAGUGCUGGCCCAGAGAUCCUGAGACAAGAGAAGAGACCACGCUCGGGAUCCACAGUCAGCUCCCUGAAUAUAUCUAUUCGAGAUGCUGAGGCCCAGAUACAGGCAUGGACCAACAUGGUGCUGACAGUUCUCAACCAGAUUCAGGCCCUGCCAGACCAAAUGUUCACAGCCCUCCAGCCAGCAGUGUUCCCCUGCAUCAGUCAGCUGACUUGCCAUGUGACAGAUAUACGUGUCCGCCAGGCUGUGCGGGAAUGGCUGGGAAGAGUGGGCCGGGUUUACGAUAUCAUCAUUUAAAUUAGCUGUGCUCUGUUGCAAAGGGGAGAAGACCUCAAAGGUAUACAGCAAAGAAGUAUUUGAGGUUCGUCAAUUGCCUAGUUGUUGGUGAUAAAUUAUGAAACAAUGAGCUUGUCAAUGUAUAUCCUCUAUCUACAUGAGACUGUGUCUGUCACUCUCACUAGCACAGAAGGCAAAGCGGGAGUGUGUUCAUGGGGCUCUGCAGUGGCCCCAGAACCCAGAAACUGCAGGUAAACAGGCUCAUUCCUAAAGCCUUCAUUUUGAUUCAAAUUUGUAACAGUGGGAGCCACCUUUAACUGCAGGUGAAGUUUCACAUUGGCACUUAGCUGUGGAUGCAACUGUCAUCUGGAUGUCAAACUUAUGUAAAAGGCAGGAAAAAGGUGAGGCUAUAGCAGAAAUAAAAACGGUUACACUUGCUUAGGGUAAAUUUUUUCCCUCAGAAAUUAGCAUGAGAGAGGAAUAAUCUUUAUCCAAAUAAAGAUUAUUGUAAUCACUAUAUGCCUUGCUCACUAAAGUAAGUGGAAAUUUAUUUUGCUCUAAGAAGAGCCUUUGGAAGUCUGGUCACACACAGGGUGGCUAGUGAGCUGCUAAUGAAAUAUCCCAGGUCUAAAACUGGUGAACCAAGCACAGGCUAUUCACCCUUUUAUUGCCCUUGUGGAGUAUUGCUUGAAGAAAAAUGGCACUAUCCAGCUUUCCUCUAUACAACACUACCCUGGCUGCCUGUUCAGCUAUGCUUACAUCUGCUAUGCCGAUCAUCUUUCCAUAUGUAUAUAAUUCCACCUGAGAGCAACAGAGAAGUUUUGUUUUGCUGUUCCCUGUGAAGCUGAGGGAAAGGCACAUCAGCAAGGAAAGCUACAGCCAGGCCACAUGCCUGUAUCCAGCAGUCAACUAAAUAGAAUGAAAAUUAAGUGUUCCAGUUCAGCCAACACUCCUGCUAAGCUGGCUUACGCUUUCACUGGAAACAUGUACUUUUGCCCACAUCGGGCUUCUGUAGCCAGGAGGCCCCUUAUCACCUACACUAAACUUAGCCCAUCACGCCACACUGAGCUGAAUCAAGAUGGAAACCAGUUGGAGAAGAAGGUAUCUAUCUUUCCUGUUUCUCUCAGAGUUCUGGCCUGCUGCUGUAAACAGAAGGGGACAGAUUCUCAUGUAGGCAUAUCCCCCUCUGUGCAGCACUUCAGUAUGGGCUGCUGCAGUUUGCUGGUAGACACUCUACUUUUAAAUAUGAGGGGGAGAAGGGGAAGGCGUGACUAAUAUUGCCAAAUAUGUAGGGGGACACUAAUCACACUAGAUAGAGUAAAGGUUAUUUUGCCACACCAAUAAUGUCACAGCCCCAGGGAUAUUCCAUCUCAUACUCCCAUUCUAAACAAUUUACUAAUUGAUUUUAAUCUUAGGUGAGCCCUUGAUGAUGUUCUCCCAAAGCUUUUUAAAAAUGUGCAUGCCAACUAAAUAUACAGCUUCAGUUCCUGCUGCAAGGUAUCCUCAGAAAUAGUAUCUCAUUAUAUCAGGCUUGGACUUUGCACAACUAACUUUUUAGGAUCUUAAACUGGAAAAAGGGAGAGUCAGUCCAAGAGGAUCCCCUGAACAGCCAUCACCUUAGUUGAUGUGUCCACUAAGAAGCUGCCCAGUUUUCUGCCUCUUCCAUCCACUCCCAACUCCUCAUUUGCCAACUGCUAGACUAGUGCAGGGAAUACUUUGUCUCAUAACUUUCUGCAGUGUCAAUCACACAGUUUCCUUGUCUUUCAAAACUUUCUAUUCCAAAUUGUUCCUUAAAAAAACAAAAACCACACAACUCUCUUUCUUACCACCUAUUUUUGACUUUUUAAAUGAGUAAUUUAACAACUAUAGCAAUUACAGAUUUUGCCUUGGGGAACAAGUGAGAUUAGUCCUUGGUACCUGGGAGCGUGGUGGUGUAGUUUGAUUUCUGCUGCUGUGUCUUUCUUGCUCAUCUUUAGGCAGAGUAAAGGGAUGGUUAUAUUUUUAUUCUGAAAAUUUUUAUUGGGCAUAUAUACAGAACUGUUUUUAAAGCAAUAGAUUAAGUAGGAGCAAUAAUAGAAAUCAGAGUAACAAAACUGUAAGCAAAACACCAUACUCUGCUGGGUUUUUUUUUUUAUUAUGUAUGUAUUGAUUAGGUUCAGAUACUGGCUAUGCUUAGCUAAAACUUAAAUAAUUCCCUGAUUUACAUUGCAGAAGUGAAAAUUUAUAAUAGCAUCAAUAAAAUCAGAUUCUAGAAGAAUGCCUAGGACCUGGGAAACACUAUAGUUAGUUAUGUAUGCAGUUACAAUACAAAAGUGCUACAGAAUGAAAAGCUCUAGAAGAGACCAUAUCCAAAAGAAAGAUAUGCAUGACAUGCCCUAAUGCCACUUGCUUAGCCAGCUGCUUCACUCAAAAUGAAUAUUGUUUCAUUUCCACUUUUUAUGCCACAACUACCACUCUGGAAUAGACUAGGAGUAAAUCUGCUGACUUGUUCUUGCCCAUAUUUUAACUCCCUGCCCUCCAGAUUAUGCACUAAGUGGCCAUUGACACCCUCAGUGCCUCUGUUCAUUAUUAUUAUCCCUCCUCCAGAGAACCAUAAGAAGACAUGAGUAACUGAGUAAUUCCAGAAAUCUCAUGUAAAAGGAGAGGAAAAAGAGAAAAAUGAAUGUUUGACCUAGCACAGUUUAGUAUGUGUUACUCUUCCUUUCCUUUAUAUGUAAAAUGGGAAGCAGAUGGGGCGGGCAGGCCAUGGCUACCUCAUGACUCAUUAAGCUGACAUGCAGAAAUGUUUCUGAUACACCUCUGAAAUUAAAAAGACAUGGACUUGGACACAUUCUCAACCAUUUUUGAUAGUCUAACCAUAGACAUCAGAGAGCCCCAAACAGAUAAAUGCUGAAUGAGUGAAGUCAUCAUCUCAGAGCUGUGCUAUCUGUCUGUUUCAUGCAUACUUUGGGUUGCUUGGCUUAAGGCUGCCAAGGUGCUGUGCUCAGGUCUCACAAAGCAUGUUUUUUCGCCCAAAGAAGGAGCCUACUCAGAAUAGUCCCAGGAGAGGAUGCCUGCGCCAAGCAGUCGAAAGCUUGCAGAAGGGAUUCCCCAGCUCUGCACGCACCAGUCAUGUCCAUCUGCACCCGCACUACAGCUGCCCUUCUGCUUCCCACUUGCAAGGAGGGAGUACCUCAGACAGUAGCACAAAGUAGCCCUUGUCCUCACACGUGUAAGUAACCGUAACCAUUCAAAUCCUUACUUAAAGCCCCAGUAUAACCUAAUGCAUGAGGUACCAGCAGCAUAUUAACAGCUCUACUGUUGAAUCAAAAAAUUUGAGUCUUGAAAAACAUAGUCUUUGCAAUGUAGGCGGAGCUUGCCCUGGCCCUUCUUUUCACUUUGGUUAAUAGCUACAGUCUCUCUUUACUCGCACCUCUGUUUCUUUGUGUAACACACAUUUCUAUAUGGGUUGGUUUUGUUUUUUUAUGUAACUGGCCAGAAAACAGAGCGUUUCCUAAUUUUGUCAGUUCCAGUUCUGCUGAUUCUACGAGUCCUUCUAAAUAACUUUAAGAUGUUUUCUCCCUCUUAUCUUCAGUGAAAGGGCCUGCUCCUGUGCUCUCAUGUGUCACCUGUUCUCUUCUGUUGUUUAGGAACUAUUUAUAAAUUGCACAGGUAGUGUUUUAAGUCGAAGAUGGACUGGCACAGCAUUCUUGGGCAUUAUUUAUUAACUGGAAUUUUGUUUGUGGAAUUCUACCUUGUCAAUUUUGAAAUUUAGUCCUGUUGUUUAAACAGAGGAAUUGGCAUCCGUCUUUCUCUCGUCUGUCCUUUCUAGCUAGUGAAGCAAAUUUGAAAUUGCAAAUGCAGCUUUUUACUCUAACAUUUCAGAAUAGCUUGAUUUGUAGGCCACUAGUGUUAAGAUACAGAAAUCAAAACCCUCUGCUUUAGUAAGGCUACAAGGCAGCUAACCUGUUUAUAAGAAGCCAUGAAAGUAUGUAAUAAAUCAAAUGAUCAUUUUUUGACCUUUGUUUUAUUACCAGCUGAUUUUAAAAUUAAAGAAUACAACUUAAACAUUAAAACUGGUAGUUAUAUAACUUCCUGUAAUGUGAUAUGAUAAUUUAGACACUAUGGCUAUAAGCCCAUCCAAACUAAUAGUUCAUUAACAGAAGCUGAUUUAUACAAGUGAAAUCUGAAGAGAUGUAUUUCAGGUAUUCCUAGUUAUGGCAAACUGAUAUCAGAAAUGCGUAAGUCCCCAUUAAAGCCUAAAGUGCUACUGCCUUAAAAAAAAAAAAAAAAAAAGAGAAUGGCCAUCAGGAAUCAAACUCAGGUAACAGGCCUGCAUUUCAGCUAUGCUGUUCUUGGGUUAUUUCACACUGCCUCCAUCAGGCCACUAACAGUGGAGGGUCACUACACAAAUAGAUGCAACACGCUUUCUUUUUAAAUAUGCUUCUGGCAGCCACUGACAAAGAAAAUUGCUAUAGGCCAGAAUCACAUACGCUUACUCUUAUGAAAUAGCUCUAUUCCAUGACAAUAUUUAAAGCUUUAAAAAAAAAGAGAGAGAGAAAGAGAGAGAGAGAGAGAGAGAGAGAAGCAUACGUAUAUGUAUGCUUGUACAACACACAUGAAUGCAUGGUAUAGUGUAGUGCAAUUAUAUGCAGAUGUACGAAAAGAUUGAUCUGUUUUUAUGUGGAUUCCUAUGGCUC